GUUGUUGCUAGUGAUUGGUGUACUUAUCUGACGUUUAAGAAAAGCUGUCGUCAGUGUAUCAAUAUCAAAAUAUUUGGAAAAUAUAAAAAAAAUUGCAAUAGUUUAGGUAAUUAAAUGUAAAUAAAGAUGAGGUCGCUUAGUAUAUCUUUGUUGAGCGUAUCCUUAACAUUAGUAGUCAUUGCAAAUGCCUAUUAUCAGAAGAAACAGUUUUACCCAUCUGUUGUGUACAUUACAAAAUCCAACCCCAGUAUGGCUGUAAUAUAUCUACAGGCUUUUAUAUGUGUGUGGAUAAGUGGAAAAAUUAUGAGAAGGAUAUUCUUUGGUCAGUUGAGAACAACAGAGUUUGAGCAUCUAAUGGAAAGAUCUUGGUAUGCAGUAACAGAAACAUGCCUGGCUUUCACUGUCUUUAGAGAUGAUUUCAAUCCAAAGUUUGUAGCUCUUUUUACACUAUUACUCUUUUUGAAAUCUUUUCACUGGUUAGCAGAGGAUAGAGUUGAUUACAUGGAAAGAAGUCCAGUAAUAAGUUGGCUUUUCCAUAUCCGAGUCCUCUCUCUACUUCUCCUCUUAGGGUCCUUAGACUUACAUUUUAUCCAACAUGCUUACCUUUCAACUGUAUCCAAAGGUGCAUCUGUCCAGCUAGUGUUCGGCUUUGAAUACGCCAUCCUUCUUACCGUUGUUAUCAACAUCGCUAUUAAGUAUGGAUUGCAUUCAGUUGACCUGAACAGCGAAACCCCUUGGGACAACAAAGCAGUAUUUCUUUUAUACACCGAACUGGUGAUGGGUCUUAUUAAGGUUAUUUUAUAUUUCGCUUUCGUCGCAAUUAUGGUUAGGAUAUAUACCUUGCCGCUGUUUGCAUUCAGACCGAUGUAUUAUACCAUUAGAAACUUCAAGAAAGCUUUCAGCGAUGUGAUUUUGUCCCGAAGAGCUAUUCAUAAUAUGAACACUUUAUAUCCUGAUGCCACUCCAGAAGAACUGCAAGCUGCUGACAAUGUGUGCAUUAUCUGCCGGGAGGAAAUGACGACGGCCUCCAAAAAAUUACCCUGCAAUCAUAUUUUUCAUACGGCUUGUUUGCGUUCAUGGUUUCAACGGCAACAAACUUGUCCAACUUGCCGGCUCAACAUUCUUCGCAACCCCACAAACAACAAUUCCCGUCCUGCACAAGCACCUAGACCACCACAACCUAACGUACAAAAUCCUUUUAUAAACCCCUUUUUUGCCGGACAGAACCCUUUCCAAAUGUUCCAACCGCCCAAUGCAGAGAACCAAGCACCGCAGCAACCACCAAGACCAGCUGCAGAAGGCGGAGCUGAACAGACAGUUCCUCCGCAAGUCCCACCGCAAGUUAAUUUGCCGCCAUUCGCUUUCCCGCCGUUUCCUUUUGUCCCGUUCUUACCGCCACCGCCAAUGCCACCUCAAACAGUUUUCGAGUCACUGUCGACAGAAGAGUUGCAAAGGAUGGAGGGAACAGAAAGGGAUAAUGUUGAGGCUAGGAUACAGUGCCUGAGGAAUAUACAGAUGCUCUUGGAUGCAGCAGUCGUAAUGAUGCAACAAUACAGCACCACGGUGCUUCUUACUUCUCAUAUUACGCCAAACGUUUCUACCACAUCCUCAGCGAUGCCCUUUUUGAAUACUCCAGCUUGGAACAAUCCUCCCACACAGUCCGAGACGCCAAAAGUUGCUAAAGUGGCUCCUACAACUAACGCCCAAGUUUCCACGAGUGCCGGAGAGACAAGCACCGGUGAGUCAGAGUUCGAUAAACCUACCACUUCGAAGACGGUUAGCGAAGAACGUUUGGUUGAGGAAGGUCCGAUUAGUCAGGAGGAGAUAAUAAGAAGAAGACGGUUGCAAAAAUUCGAGCAACAAGUAGAAAGGGAAUAGGUUUUUGUACUGUUACACUGAAAUUUUUUACUUAAGUUUCUUGUUAUUUUUGUUCGCUGUUGCGGUAUUUCACAAUACUUUACAGAAGUUUUAAAGUGUAUUUUUUCUUUACACCGGAAUCAUAACAAUAUUACGUACAAAAAUCAAUUUAUCAAUAUGUUUUUUACCGCGGCAUUGUUUCAAAAUUUGAUGUGUUCUGAAAGUGCAACUGCGCAUGACCAUAUGAUCGAUCUAAGACCGAUCUAUUUUAGACCAGGAAAUUAAGCAAAAAAAGUACCCUGUUUUUGACACUCGUCCGGCCAGGCAACCGACAGUUGUUUUCAGUAGUAUUAUAGUAGUAAAAAACGGUAAUUUUUCGCUUUUUUCUUCUACCAGCAAAAAGUAAAGCGUUUGAAACAAAUUUGAGAAGAGAAGAAACUUAUCAAGUCAUAUAAAACCCUUCAAAAUGGCGUUUUCUAAACGUUCCUAUACUUAUGUGUUGCUUAGAAAGUUGCAAAAUAAGUCAAAAAUUUCGAUUUUUUAUAAAUGUUAAUAGCUUUUUUUUAAUAACCUUUAUAGUACACACAAUGUUGCAAAGAGAUUAAAAGUUAUUUAAUUUGUUUAUCCCAAAUUAAAUUUUUUUGCAACAAUAUAAGUCAGAAAAUUAAA